GUCAGAUGAGUGGCAGUGUAGGUGUAUUUUAAUUACAAGAUCGCGUGAAAUGCAAGUAUUGGAUCAAUUUAAAAGCACGCUCCGGGCAGUGACGGGGAAUACGUAAGAUUUUUGUUUAUCGAGCAUGUAAGCUGGCGUCCUCUGGAGAUCUGAAGAGGCCGUUCUGAGGACCACCGUGCAGGAGGAGACCUUGGCUCUGCCUUACAGUUGCACCAGCUGUCAAGAAAAGUAUCCGUGGAAAUCCAAUUUUUUUCUUGGAAGGGAUCUCUUGCCACACUUUAGGAGGUCAUUUGGUGACACCACACUUGCGGCGCAUUACACACGCUACAGGACGUACACUUGGGACAAGCUUUUCCUCAGGCUACGUCUUUUGGCUUCUGUUAACAACUAGCCUGAAAAAAAAUGCUCUCAAUCACCCUUCAAAUCCGUUAGAUCCGAUUUGGAGAAAUAUGAUUUUAAGACAUCCUGUUUUCGUUUUGAGACUCAACGACUGAACUUUGCCAGAUCACCACAAGAACAAAGUGUUCCGUGUGACAUUUUGUUCCUCUUACUGGGGUGUGCAAAGAGCCUUAUCAAAGAAACGGACAUGGUAAUGUCACAGGGCACCUACACUUUCUUGGCGUGCUUCGCUGGUUUUUGGCUCGUCUGGGCCCUCAUUGUCAUGGUGUGCUGCUUCUGCAGCUUUUUGCAGCGCAAGCUAAAGCGGCGCCGUGAGGACAGGCUGAGAGAACAGUGCCUACGGGCCCUAGAGCUCGAGCCCCUUGAGUGCACAAAUGCCGCUUACCCCUCCAGAGAUCCCCUGGAGUGCACAGGUACAGGAUACCCAGCGAUAGAAUCCCUGGAGGGUACCGGAAUGGGAUACCCUCCAAGGGAGGCCCUGGAGUGUACGGGAGUGAGAUACCCUCUUAGGGAGCCCCUGGAGUGUACAGGAAUGGGAUACCCUACCAGGGAGCCACCGCAAUUCUGCCUGCCUCCUCAAAUGAUGCCUUCGCAAGUACCAGUCGCUCACACCAUCACCCAAGGGAACUGGACCCCACCUCAAGCCCCUGCUCCCCCAGUCGACAGUGAUGCUUGUGGGAAACCCCCUUGCUAUGAGGAGGCAGUUCUUAUGGAGGACCCUCCACCUCCUUACAGUGAAGUCCUUGCUGACCCCCGGGGUGGGACGUACACCAAGCCGGCGCCGCGCUCCUCCCGGGAGCACCAGGAGUCCGAGACCAGGAAAACGGCUCUCCCUGAACGCGGCUACUCCUCGCUCAUUCGCCUGCCCUCCGCCAGGCGCUGGGACUCGCUGGGACACCUGUUGGCCACCAUGGACCUCAACCACAACAACCUGCCAGCAGAGCCCCAGGCUUCAGCCAUCGCCACCAUGCCCCGUGAGGGCCGGACCCACACAGACCUGGGCUUGCACAGCCUGCGUGGCCUGGAUCAGGGCUGCGGUCUGCCCACCGCCUUCCCUCUGCUGGGCCGCAGCACUGCAGUGUGAGCCUCCAGGCGGGACCCCUGCAUCCCACUCCUGUCCUGACGCCCACGAUACACACAACGGCAACUGCUGUUCGAGAGACUCGGUUUCUUUUCAGUGUCUCAUUUUUUCCCCCUUAUUAAAACUCUCAAGGGAACGAAUGGCCAUCUUUCUCCAUCUCAUACCUUUAUGAGAAGACUAUACAGCAGAUGCAUCUCUCUCUAGCUUUCUCCCUCUGUGGCUCCUCCUCUCUCCUGUUCUCUGCGGCGUCCGUGCCUGAUGCAGAGCAGCAGCUAUUAUGUGAGCGUUGUUGCCAUGGCUCCCUGGAGUUGUCUGCAGCCCACCAACGCCUCACGGUCUCUUCUCCUGCCUUCCUUCUCCACUUCAGACUCAUACAGUGCAGAUGGCAUCUGCAAUCCUGUCUUUGAACACUAGAUAUAGUACAAGGCCACAACAUGGCAAAAUAUCCAUGGUCUAUACUGUAGCCAUAUCCAUAGCCUGGGGCCAUGUCCUGUGCCAGUACUUCAGUUUAUUUGCCACUUUGCUGCAUGGAAGCACUAACACUCAGCCAAGUGUAUGCCAUCAUUCACUGUCUAGUUUAUGGUUGAUGAGAAGUCCUGUCACUCCUUAUGUAGGUAGCAUGUAAAUAAACAUAAUACAGUUCAGUCAGUGAUGUUGGAGAUCUAGGAAAUGGGCAUCUUGAAUGGAAUGAUGUUUCACUGGAAAGGUAAAGCUGUUGUACUGGCACCGUCUGACUCUCAGACUAUCUUCAUCUUGCUGCUCAACUGUACAAAAUAUUCUUUAUAAACUGUGAGAGCUCACCUUGCUGCUCUGGCAAACUUCAAAUGGAUUUCGGUUCUCCUGAAAGUGACCAGGAAUUUUUUAAGCUAUCCUUUGGGGUAACCAUCUGCUCUACUCUAAAAUGUUCUGAAACUGGCAAGUAGUUACAAUUUUAUAACUGUCUGGUGUCUUCAUUUGCUCAGAAUGUUUCCCACAGCUUUCAAUUCAUUAGUCUAUGUGGGUACAAGAGGACGCAGACAUAUUUAUCAGUUGUUGUCGUCUUUUUUUUUUUAAGUUUAAAGAUUGAGUACCAGUACCCCAUUGUGAGAAAUUUGUUGGUGUUUGAAAUUUUUUAUAAUGAUGCAAUUUUUCAUCUCCUUUAAAUUCUCCAUAGACUGGUUCCACAGUUCAUUAAUAAUCCUCUCAAAAAUAAUGUGAAUUAAAAAUUUAUGGGCAUUUCUUUUUACACAUGGCACAUUUCUGAAAAACAAAACAAAAAAAAACCCAGCAUGACGAGCUGCAUCAAGGCCGAACUUUGAUCAUUACCAUUUGUAAGAUAGUCACCAUUCAUUUCCUAGAAGUCAUUUGCUCUGAUCAGAAACAAAUGGUUGUGUUCAGAAUGUUCAGGAUGCUGGAAGGCAUUCUAUGCUAGACUGCCAUUUUUAUUAUGAAUGAUCUUCUUUGAAAUAUUGCUCACUCCACCCGCCACCCCCUACUCCUUCUUUAGCACAGCAGUGGCUGUAUUGGUUCUUUGGCUUUGGAUCUCCUUUUUGAAUGGUGCUCCUCCGAGUCAUGGUAGCAAAACCCGAUUUGGCAUCCCAGCCCACGGUUCUAGUGUGGCAACCUUUGCCUUGAUUUCAACUAGUCUGAGCCAUCCAUUACUGCCAUUGUCUCUCCUUGUGUCUCUUUGCUUUCUCCCUCUCUCAAGCUAAUGGCCCCCAUUGUUACAGUCACAGCACAUGAAUGUUGCUUUCACGCAUCUAGCAAGCACAUUCAAAAUAAAUUUGAUUAGGGCACACUCUAUUUUGGAAGCCUGGUACAAAUGAAGAUAACACAUCUGCAGUAAUUAGUGGGGCAAUUAUGCAGUGCACAUUUAGAAUGACGCUUUAAAAAGGCUCACAAAGUCAGUAAUUGCGCGUUUUAGACACUGAAGUUGCCCUAUGGCCAGUCUGCUACAUUGUAACAAUCCUUAGAACAGCGAGCCACAGAGGUCUCAGCACCAUGCACUCCCGAGGCAGAGAUUUGUUUGAGCAGGGUAAGGUGCAAGUUCAACCUCCAUCACAGGCUGCAUGGAGUCGUAUAUUAUUUAAAACCUGCAAAAAUAAUGAAAAUCCCACCGCCAAUGUUUUAACUGUAAUGAGGAAAAAAAUGAUGCAUCGAGGUUGGUUCUGAAAUCGCUGCAACCCAAUGUCAAAUUUGUCCAAGGGUAGCAGACCCUUGAAAGACUUCAUGAAAUGACUGAUAAGAGGGAACUCUGAGCACCCAGGGCUUAUAGAUUUGGGCACUAGGACAGUAAAGCCAUAAGCAGACCAUGAGAAGGGAGGCCACUGUAUGACCCUCUCUCUGUUCCAAGGAAAAUGAGAAUUAAUAUUUAAUUACAUAUUUUAAUACUUAAGAUGGC